AUGCCUAAAGUUAAAGCAGAAAAGAAGAGCCGUGUUCAUAAUGAAAUUGCUAAGCAAGGCAUCCAAUUCAAUAAGGAUUUUGGUCAGCAUAUAUUGAAAAAUCCGUUAAUUAUAACUUCAAUGUUGGAUAAGGCUGGUUUAACACCCACUGAUGUUGCUCUUGAGAUUGGUCCUGGUACUGGUAACAUGACUGUAAAGUUACUCGACAGAGUUAAAAAAGUUGUUGCUUGUGAAAUUGAUACGAGAUUGGUUGCUGAACUUCAAAAAAGAGUUCAAGGAACUCCUUAUCAAGCCAAACUUCAAAUUAUUGUGGGAGAUGUUCUUAAAACAGAAUUGCCAUUCUUUAAUAUCUGCGUGGCUAAUGUGCCAUAUCAAAUCAGUUCACCAUUAGUCUUCAAAUUAUUACAGCAUAGACCAUUCUUUAGGUGUGCUGUUCUCAUGUUUCAACAAGAAUUUGCACAGAGACUCGUUGCAAAACCUGGUGAUAAGUUAUAUUGCAGGCUCUCAAUAAACACACAAUUGUUGGCACGAGUUGACAUGUUGAUGAAGGUUGGCAAAAACAACUUCAGACCACCACCGAAAGUAGAGUCAAGUGUUGUGAGAAUAGAGCCAAGAAAUCCACCUCCACCUAUAAAUUUUAUUGAAUGGGAUGGCUUAACUAGGAUAGCAUUUGUAAGGAAAAAUAAAACAUUAGCAGCUGUUUUCAAACAUGGCACAACUAUGGCAGUAUUAGAGAAAAAUUAUAGGGUGCAUUGCUCUCUACAUAAUAAGGAUAUACCUGAAAAUUUUGACAUAAAGGAAAAGGUUCAAGAAAUAUUAACCAAAUCUGAAACAGAUCAAAUGAGAGCCAGAAUGAUGGACAUAGAUGACUUCAUGAAGGUGUUACAUGCUUUCAAUUCUGAAGGCAUACACUUUGCAUAG